AUGUUCUAAGAAAAAUUAAAAAGAACUGAGAAAUCUGUAGAAGAAUUAAAAGGGUAAUAUGAUGAAUUGAAAUUAAUUAUAGAGAUAAGAACUAGGGUUAGUUUGUUCAAAAAAUAUUAAAAAGAAUCAUAGAUUAAUUAAGCAAAAUUUAAUUAUAAAUUACAUCCUUAGAAUAAUAAUUAUCAGAUGAAAAAUAAAUCAAUUGAAAAAAUGUUGAAAUCAAGAAACAAACUUAAAAUUUAAUACAAAAAAAUGAAUAAAAGUUUAUUAACUAAUCACUAAAAAGGAGUAAUGAAGAAGGAUUUAGAUUUAGUAAGGUAUUUGAAAUCUUUGGGAUCAUUAAAGAAAAUUAUGAGAAGGAAAAGAAAUAAUUAACUAUAGAACUAUUUAAAAUGAUUGAUGAACUAAUUAAAGAAAUAUAAUUCAGAAACAUAGAUCAAGUAUUAAAAAGAGAAUAAAAUAUUAAAAUAAAUUAUACAAAGAAGGCAUCUUAAGUUUUUAUUUAUAUAUUUAGAGUGUUUAAUAUGAAGAAGCC